UGGAAGGCCAAGGCGCGCUGGCGCCAACUUCAAAAUCUCGGCUCGAGACCCACUUUUCCCGCCUUCGACAAGACAGGAGAAAGGCGGUGUCUUGUACGCACGGCUUGCUCUGCAACGUUGAAACGUAUUCGGGUCGCUUGAGCUUAGGCUAUAUUUUAUCAAGGGGCAGAAUUUUCGCCGCCCAGGGGGCGUUUGGUACAAGAGUGAAGGCUUCCAGCGACGCGUCUUGAGUCUUCAACUUUCCACUCAUUUCCCUCUGCACAAUGAUCACAACAACUUCCCGGGUUCAGGCCCCUGCUGUGAAGACACGGCUCACUGCGGUGGCCGACGUCAAGCCAUUCCCUGAUGUGAAGACCCUGAAAGAUGCGAUCCCGGCCAAGUGCUUCGAGCGCUCAAUGGUGCGGUCUUUCUCGUACGUCGUCCGCGAUCUCAUCAUCGUGGGCUCGCUCUUCUACUCGGCCGUCUUGCUCUCUCGCCUCGACGCUCCAUUGUACGUCACCGUGCCAUUGUGGGCUUUGUACAGCUUCGUCCAGGGCUGCUUCUUUACCGGCCUCUGGAUUCUCGCACACGACUGCGGCCAUGAUUCUUUCUCCGCCAACCUCACCGUCAACGCCGUGACUGGCUGGGUCCUGCACAGCAUUUGCUUGGUUCCAUUCUUUAGCUGGAAGUUCAGCCACGCGCGUCACCACCGCUACCACAAUCACAUGGAAAAGGACACAGUUUUCGUGCCGCACCGCAAAACCGAGAUCGCGGAAAGGACCCGUGAGCCCACUACCCUGGAAAAGAUCAUGGACCACGCUGCCGCCGACACACCGCUCGUCCAGAUUGGUGCUCUCAUUUUCCACCAAGUGCUCGGCUGGCCCGCGUACAUUCUCGUGAACGCCGGCGCCGGUGUGAAGAGUCUGACCAGGAGCGACCGCAACAACACAUCUCGCUACAAGCAGAGCCACUUGGACCCUACUGCGCUCACUUUCACUCCUUCCGAGGCACCGUUUGUCGCUCUUAGCAACCUCGGACUUGCUCUUGUCUUCGCCGCCCUUUACGUCUGGUCCAGGUCUGUUGGAGGCUGGACUGUUCUGAUGGCCUACGGUCUCCCUUACCUCUGGAUGAACCACUGGAUCGUUGCCAUUACUUAUCUUCACCACACCCACCAGGAUGCUGCGCAUUACGAGGCUGAUGAAUGGACUUUCAUCAAGGGUGCCGCUUCGACCGUCGACCGUGAAUUUGGCUUCAUCGGUCGCCACAUUUUCCACGGCAUCAUCGAGUACCACGUCGUGCACCACAUGUUCCCUCGCAUUCCCUUCUACCACGCUGAGGAGGCAACCUGGGCCAUUGCCCCCAUCCUUGGCGACCGCUACAUCCAGCAGAAGACCAGCUUCUUUGGCGAUCUGUGGGAGGCGUUCACCACCUGCAAGUACGUUGAGCCUGGCACAGGUGCCAAGGCCGGAGGACUCGUAUGGGCGAAGAACGAUUAGGUACUCAUAGAAAGAGAUAGACUUUGAUAACGACUUAGACCGAAUAGAUUUCGACAAAACUCGACACAACGACUUAUGACGAAUGGGCGUGCUGAUUGUGGUUGAGCUUACGAGAUUAGAUUGAUUAGAUCCCUACGCGCAUCCCUUGUCGCUC